AGUGAUGUAUUGGCGGUCAAGGUUCUUGAUCAGGCCGAGACAGAAUUGAAAGAUUUCCAUCAGGAUCCCGUGGUGCUUGGAUUUCCUAUUUACCCGUAUGACGCUAGUAUAGAGGAAGCUUCGUGCUGUUAUUUCCAAGAAACGGACAGUACUUGGUCAGAUGAAGGCUGCAGUGUGAGUUACAAGAACUCGACCUUCGUGCAGUGCAGCUGUACUCAUCUAACAAGCUUCGCCAUACUGAUGAGACCAGUUGAGUUUGAACUGAGUCCAGGAGAUGAACGAAUCCUUGAGAUACUGACUAAGAUAGGCCUAGCCUUGUCAAUCACAUGCCUUACCGCUACACUGUUAGUAUACGCUAUGUGCAGAAUGAGAAGUUUAAGGAUUGUGAUUCAUGCUGAUCUCGCAUUCGCACUUCUAGCUGCUCACAUCUUGUUCUUAUUCCUGGAUACAAAAGAUGAGGUUGCGUGCAGAUGUAUCGCCAUCAGUCUGCAUUUCUUCUUAUUGGCUGCCUUUGUUUGGAUGUUCCUAGAGGGCGCUUUCCUGCUGAUCAAGGCCACGCCCACUUUCCGAUGGAAAGUAAAGAUGCCAGUUUGGCUUUCUGUUGGAUGGGGUUGCCCAGCAGUUAUCGUUCUUAUCUCAAUGGGAUUCAACUUUGACGGAUACAAAAAUGAUCAGGCUUGCUGGCUGUCAACUGAUUUUAAUUUCCGCUGGGCGUUUCUAGCACCUGUCGUGGUGAUUAUCAUGGCGAAUACAGCGUUACUGGUGAAGCUGAUUUUCAUAUUUAUGUCCCUUCAGACCAACAAAAAGAAAGAUGAAGCUCAGAAAAUGAAGGCUGGUCUUCGGCUGGUUCUUAUCCUGGAGCCCAUGCUUGGUAUCCCCUGGCUCUUCGGCUUGUUUUACCAAUCUGCCGUAUUCAGCUACAUCUUCGUCAUCUUGAAUACACUACAGGGCGUGUUCCUUUUCGUUGCUCAAUGUCUCCUGGACCAUGAGGUGCGUCGUAAAAUCAUGAAAUUUAAUCCCGACAAGACAGCAACGAAAGUCAUGUCUCUGACGUCAUCAACAAGUGGGCAAGCGGGCAAGAACACAGGAGUGACUAGCUCCAUAAUGACGUCACAAUCGGGAGCCCCCUCGCGACUUUUCGUCAUCACCAACAAAAUACAAAAAGAGGAGGAAGUUCCGGAUGAAAAGCCGGACCCGGAGCUUGUAGCGCCGGAUCAGGAGCAACUGGAAACAGAGAAGCAAGAGGGUUCAGUGACCUCAGCCUCCAGCCAGGGGAAGAUGGAAGACAUCGAUGACGAUUUGAAAGUACAACCAGAGAGGUCGACUAGUUUCAUGUCACUCAGCAUGUCAUCCGGAACGUAUGGAGACGAAGGAACGAGUGACGAACCGGAACAGGAACCCGUUCAACCAAUCUCAUUGAGCGUUGACAGCACUCCUGGAACCGAUGAUGAGGAACCAGAUCCAGAGAACUCAUCUAGUUCUAGUUCCCCGAGCAGAGUCUCAACGUUGGAAGGAACGGAGGAAGAACCAGAGUUUCCGGGAAGUGAUACAGCAGCCAUCUUGAAUAAAAAUCAAGAUCGAACCGACUGGAAAGUUUUCAAAGAGGGCACGAGUUCCUCUGCCAGUGAGUCGAAAAACCGGCGCAAAACAGCAUGGUCGAAAGACAGAUCUGCAUUGGUGAAAAUCUGGCGCCCUUAAAAAUGAGAAAAACAUGAGCCAGCAGGAUGAUCACGUAGAAAAAUGCUUUUGCAUAAAGGUCAUGUCACAUGAGAAAAUAGACCUUUACCACGCUGUCACCAUCUUGGU